CCUCCUCUUCCUCCUCCUCUUCCUCCUCAUUCCGUGUCUGUCUCCAGCAGCAGCGGUCUGAUGCUCGCAGGGAAUCAUGGCUGUGAAUCUCGCUAAGAACAGACUCUCCCUGCUGACCGCCUACCAGGACGUCAUUGACGAGACCUCGGACACCGACUGGGCCUUGUACACAUAUGAGGAUGACACUAACGACUUGACGCUGGCGGCAUCCGGAGGAGGAGGCUUGCAGGAGAUCACGCUGACCUUUGACAAUGGCCGGGUGAUGUACGGGUUCUGCAGCCUGAAGGAUCCCAGCGCCGCUCUGCCACGAUACAUCCUCAUCAACUGGGUCGGGGAAGACGUACCGGAUGCCAGGAAAUGUGCCUGUGCGAGCCACGUCGCCACCAUCGCAGACUUCUUCCAGGGGGUGGAAGUCACCGUCAAUGCCAGCAGUCUGGACGACAUCGACCCGUCAGCCAUCGGACAGCGGCUGACCAACGGGACGGCGGCGGUGGCGAGUCCAGUCCUGAGCCGCCUGAAAACCCGAGAGGAGGAUCACGGAGACGUGGGAACGGUGUACGAGAAAACCAACGCAGAGGUGGAGAUGAAGAAGAUCAAUAGAGAGGAGUUCUGGGAGCAGGCCAAGCGUGAAGAGGAGCUGAGGAAGGAGGAGGAGAGGAGGAAGGUGGCCGAGGAGCGGCAGCGCUUCGAAGAGGAACGAAUGGAGCUGGAGAGGAAAGAGCAGGAGAAUCGAGAGAAGAGGUACCGCGAGAGGGAACGUCAGAUCGAGGAGCACAGGAAGAAGAUGCAGGAGGAGGAGGAGACCAGAGAGAGGUUGCAGAAUCAGAUCACCAUAACUACAGAACCGAGCAUCGAGGACCUGAACCUGGACAAGAAGGAGUCUGAGGUGGAGGAGGCGAAGGCCAUCAUCGCCCAGCGGUCAGGAAAUCCUCGAGAAUUUUUCAAGCAGAAGGAACGAGCCAUGACCAUCAGCGUCGACACCUCGCCCGUCUCCAUCCACAGAGCCGAUCCUGGACGUCACACAAACACUCAAAAACACAAACCUCCUGCUGCCUUUAACCCUCACCGAUGGCCGACCUGGGAUGAUGACAAUGAAGCGAGCACAGAGCGCAACAUGGCUGCCGUGUCGCCCAUUCCUAAAAUAGUCACCACACCCAUCAAAGAGGAAGAUCGCAGAGAUGAAUGGGAUUCGGUGCCAAAGCAGGAGCAGAAACCUCCGGUCCAGGAGUCGACGCCCACCAAACCCGUUCAGAGUGUCGCCCCGCAGGCCCGCGACUCCUCCAGCUUCAACGUGUGGGAGUCUGGAACCGACAGCCUGGUGGACCUGUGGGACAGCAGCUCCACCCCUCCGGCCAACCAGACAUCCCAGUCCUCCAACCUGGUGGACCUGAUGGGCGACGUGGUGCCGCCCAGCGCCACCGCCGCCGGCCGGCCCCAGCCCCUCCUCAGCUUCGACGAGAUGAUGGACGGGACGUUCUGCUCGGGCACCGCCACCGAGGACGACCCGUCCAGCCUGGUGGACGUGACCGGCUCGGACCAGAUGACCCUCAGCUACCAGCAUGCGCUGCAACAUGCGUCCGGGGAGGGGGCGGAGCUGGAUGACGGACAGCUGCUGAUGACCAAUGGGGAGACGCUGCUGAAGGAAGGGACUCAGGCGAGCGAGGGCUAUUUCAGCCAAUCACAGGAGGAAGAAUUCGGCCAAUCAGAGGAGUCCUCGGCUAAGCCUGCACCGGUUUUUUAUAACAAGCCACCAGAGAUUGACAUCACGUGCUGGGACACGGAUCCCGUGGUCGACGAGGACGACGACUAACCGGCCGACGUGCCGCCGCCACCGGACCAAGAGGACGAAGUAGGAAGUGCGCUUCACGAAGAAAACUGUUUUUUUUUCCUUUUCUAAAAAACGAAACACAAACAAACAAAAAAAUGAUGAUAAUAAUAAUAACAAGUCUUGCAUCAAAACUACUUCUGUAUUAUCUUUUAGAGAAACAGUAGCCACUGAGAAGAAGACGGAGUUGAUUUAAAGAAGGAAUUUUUUUUCUUUCUGUGUUUAUUUAUUUGUUUUCUUUUUUUGUUUUUUUUGUUUUUUUCGCUAUGCAGAUGUAUUAGCCGGGAGCCUGGGGGGUUGUUUUGUUUGUGAUUUAUUAACGUAGCGCACUGCUGCAUAUUAGAGACAAUGAAGCCCAGUGAGCGGCCGGCAGCCGACAUGCUUAGUCUGUAGUGCUUUAAUAAUAACACCCUAUAAAACUAAUACAGCGGAUCAGUACAGCUGCCAUGUGUAUCCUCACUCUCUUCUUUUCUUACCUCUUUUUCACCUCCCGCCUUCCUUCCGCCUUCCUCCCCCGAAACAUUCACCUCUGCAAGUCAGUUAAUCUUGUAUUUAGACGUCACUUCAUUGGAACGAAAGCGCUUUAUUUAUUCUGGUGAACUUGAAAUGAGAUGAAACUAACUGUGGCUCCUUUUUGGGACCUUCUUUUUUCACUCCUUUUGUAUGAUUUUAAAUCCAAGAUUAAAUGGCUUGUGAAUCUUUCUCGGUGCACUUUUGUUUCUUCUUCAGAGUCCCACAUCCCCACGUAUAUAUUUACACAAGCAAAAAAAAAAAAGGGAAAAAGAGCGUUUUUUUGCCUCUGAUCUAGAUGAAGAUACUGUAGAUAUUUUUCCAGUUUUUUAGGAGAGUUGGGCUUUAAGAUAACGAACGUAAAGCAGCAAAAAAAACACAGUGAAUUUGUACGAUUCUUAUUCUUCUAAACAUGAGAUGAGAGGAAGACGAGGCAGGACGAGCAUUAGCUGUUCAGGUUUUUAGUGAUUUAACGGUUCAUUUACUGUCGCAGUUAGAUCCAGGACGACAGACGGAGGGUGGGCAUGAAACGGCGGGAAGCAAACUUGGGCCACGGGAUGCUUGAAAAUAUUAUGUUGCGCCUUUGUUUUAAACUCACGGAGAACCAGAUGUUCAGGAAUCAUCAAAUCAGCUCACUUUAAAGAUGUGAAACUUCAGUUAUCGUCUUCAGGAACUAGAAAUCUGAGUUUCCUGCACUCAUACCUUCAGUAAAGAUAUUUUCUCACCUUGUAAUCUUCAUACUCACUGCAAUCAGCUUUUUAGGUGCUAAAAUCAGCAGUAACCAAUGAAAACAUCUUUUCUAGAUAAGUUCUGACGUAGACAACAUUGCCUUACUUGGGGGAUACCAUCUGACAUGAAAGAAGAGUUUUACAUUUCCUGAUUGAGAACACUUCCUGAAGACUUCUCUCCAUCAUUCUCUCAUAGAUGAACAAAGUUUCUUUGUUUCUCUGAGGAGUUUGGCAUUUUGCAAGUUUUUGUGUCCGGUUUGUUCUACUCCAUUUACCUCGACUAAUGUAGACUACAGCGCCACCUAUUGACAACACUUCACAGCAUAGUUCUUCUCUCCAAAGUAGUUAAUUAAACGUGAAUAAUUAGAUUCCAUCAGUGUUCUUCGAUUAUCGAGAAUCCAGUUGUGGUAACAACAACUAAGUAGGGCUAUCCAGACAUUCCUAUUCCAAGUUUUCCAGUUCUUCUCCUGGAUCCUGAGGCGUUCCUGGGCCAGAUGAGAUAUGUAAUCUCUCCAGGAGGCUUCAUAUUCAGAUGUGAACCAUCUCAGCUCGUUGCUUUCAACACGACAUUUGUAGGUCUUCUCCAAGUCCAUAAAAACACUUGUGAACUAGAAGGUCAGCAACACCACGAGGGUGAAGACCAAGUCCCACUGCUCUACGAGCGUUGAAUCUUCCUGCAUCCAAAGUUCUACAACCAGCUGUUAGCAGUUGGUUGUCCUUGUCGUUGAGGAUACAAGCACCGCCUUCACUUUGGUUCCACAAGAACCAGAAGGCUUGUAGCUACAGUCCUGGUACCACAUCCAGCACCUCCCAUUAAGGUUCCCGGGAGACGUAUUCAUAGGUGUUCCCCAAGUCCACAAAGACAUGUUUAUUACUUUUCUUUUUAAAUUUUUUUAGCGUCCAAAUGUUUCACUUCAGACUGGUUUGAUCAUUUCAUGAACACAUGACUAGUGAUCCAUAAAGAUCUUCACAUGAAAUAUUGUAUGAAGCCAAACUGUGAAAAACUGUGAACUUCCAAUGACUCAAAGCCAGAUUUUGACCAUUUUUCAAAUUAAAAAAAAACAAUGCAGGGUUAGGUUACAAUAGAAUGUAUAGUCAGAAUGCCCUUUCAAAGCUUCUGUAAAUGUAAUUUCACCACCAUUUUCUGAUAUCUGCAGGCUAAUAAAGUUCUAACAGAGUCACAUAAAGUCACGUAGCCGAAGUUUUUGAAUCUGGAAACGGAUUCCUGACAUCUGGAUCUCUGAGCGGCUUAAGACUGACUUCUAAAAGCUCUCUGACCCACAUCUGCUGCCUCCUGCUUCAGCUUUGUGCCAACGCAAAAAAAGCACCGUCUUUUUUUUAAUGGUUCUGUUUUUAUUUCCUGAGGUGUUGUUGGGUUGCUCUGGAGGAGGAGAGGCCCAGACGGGAGGCCAGUGUGUUUUUAAUACCUGUCAAAAAGUGUGCUAGAAUUGAUUUUCAGGACCUUUUUGGAUAUUAGCGACAACAGUGUUAGUCUUUUUUGCUGUACAUCCCUGUAGAAAUAAAAACUCUGAGGCAAUAAGA